AUGGGGGGGCUGAAAGAGGAGCUGCUCAAGACCAUCUGGCACGCCUUCACCGCCCUGGACCUGGACCGGAGCGGCAAGGUCUCCAAGUCCCAGCUCAAGGUCCUUUCUCACAAUUUGUGCACAGUGCUAAAUGUUCCACAUGACCCAGUGGCCUUGGAAGAGCAUUUUCGGGAUGAUGAUGAAGGACCAGUUUCCAAUCAGGGUUACAUGCCUUAUUUAAACAAAUUCAUCUUGGAAAAGGUUCAAGGGAACUUUGACAAAGUUGAGUUCAAUAGGAUGUGCUGGACUCUCUGCUUCAAAAAGAACCUCACUAAAAGUCCUUUGUUCAUUAGCGAUGAAGAUGCCUUUAAAGUUUGGGUUAUUUUCAAUUUUUUAUCUGAGGACAAAUACCCAUUGGUCAUUGUACCUGAGGAGAUUGAAUACUUGCUUAAAAAACUCACUGAAGCAAUGGGGGCAGGCUCACAUCAAGAACAGUUUGAACAUAAUAAGAACAGCCUCGGUGCCAAUCAAGGUCUUUCUGCAUGGGAAUUGAUUGAGCUUAUUGGAAGUGGACAGUUUAGCAAAGGGAUGGACCGACAGACUAUAUCAAUGGCAGUUAAUGAGGUCUUUAAUGAGCUCAUAUUAGAUGUACUGAAACAGGGUUAUAUGUUGAAAAAAGGUCACAGAAGGAAAAAUUGGACAGAACGUUGGUUUGUGCUAAAACCAAAUAUUAUUUCAUAUUACGCGAGUGAAGACUUAAAAGACAAAAAAGGAGACAUCAUCUUGGAUGAAAACUGUUUUGUAGAGUCCUUGCCUGACAAAGAUGGAAAGAAAUGCCUUUUUCUUAUCAAAUGCUUAGAUAAAAGCUUUGAGAUUAGUGCCUCUGAUAAAAAGAAGAAGCAGGAGUGGAUUCAAGCCAUUCAGACCACUGUAAGCCUGCUGAGGGUUGGCAGCCCUCCACCUCACAAAGAAGCGCGCCAGAAACGGAAAGAAUUACGCCAGAAACUGCAAGCUGAGCAAGAGGAAUUGGAGCGGCAGAUGAAAGAACUCCAAAUAGCCAAUGAGAACAAGCAGGAGGAAUUGGAGACAGUGAGAAAGCAACUGGAAGAAGCAGCUGCUCGAGCCGCAGUAGAAGAGAAGAAACGUCUUCAGACUCAAAUGGAACUGCAAGACCAUUUCAGUGUGGAGCUAGCGAGAGAGAAAAUGGUAAGACAGCAAAUGGAAGAGCAGGUUGCUCAGAAAUCGUCUGAACUUAAACAGUAUUUGCAGAGAGUAUGUGAACUUGAAGAAAUGUAUAAAAAGCUACAGGAAGCCUUGGAGGAUGAGAAACAGGCACGUCAAGAUGAAGAGACCGUAAGGAAACUUCAAGCCAGGUUACUGGAGGAAGAGUCGGCAAAGAGAGCUGAACUGGAAAAAUGGCACUUGCAGCAGCAGCAGACCAUUCUGAUGACAGAAGCAGAGAAGCAAGAGUUAGAGACCCAGAGGAUCAUAAAGGAACGUGCUCUUCAAGUUGCUAUGCAACAGUUGGAACAGCUUGAACUAGAAAGGAUGCAGGCACUUGAACAGUAUGAGGGGGUCAAAAAGAAGUUGGAACUGGCAGCUAACAAGACCAAGAGCUGGAAAGAUAAAGUAGCUCAUCAUGAAGGAUUAAUUCGAUUAAUAGAACCAGGGUCUAAGAAUCCUCACUUAAUUACUAACUGGGGACCUGCAGCCUUCACUGAAGCUGAACUUGAGCAAAGAGAAAAGAGCUGGAAGGGGAAAAAGGCCACUUCUGAGUAA